AUGUCAAACGAAGCCCCCGUGGCAGAGUCGGCUCUGCUAAAUCGCCGUCGCCGUCGUAAAUCGCUGCCUUCGCGCAAUGGAACAGAUCCAACCUCGCCUGAAGUCAUUUCCUCCCUCAUUUCCUCCCUUUCCACCAUCUCAGUGCCCCUAAAUUCCCACUUUGACACUGUCCCGAAGAUAGACAACGAAGAUCCAUUGCCAGAAGUUCCGCGCACAGCACCAGUCUACUCUCUUCCUCCGUCCGAGCAUGGGUUUGGAAUGAGCUACGGCGCCUACAAGCCAGCGGAGCCAUCCGCGGCACAGGAAAACCCAUUUCUACACCCGGACGAUGCGGCCUCGUCACCUGUGAUUCGCAUGGCCAGGGCGACCCCGUCACCAAAGUCGCCCCGAUCGCCGAGAUACAAGCCCUUCAAAACAACCGACUCGUCCACUCGCCCGGCCUCGAGGGAAUCUUAUACAUCCGUGAUAGCUGCCCCGGAACCCUUCUCGAUCGGAACGAUCAGCACGGAACCUGGCCCCCGUCAGUCAACCCCGAGCAUUGCUUCGAAUAGUUCCGCAGGGCGGACAAGAAGCCUAAAGGGUCCAUUUAGUCUAUUGAAGAAGUCAUCACGAGAAUUCUUGGGCGAAAAGGAUACACAAGUUGAGCGUCUGCGAAAGACUACCAGCUACAAUGACAGCCUUCGACACAACACCCCGCGCAACCGAACAAGUUUGCGCUCCUUACAGUCAAUGGCUGAAGUUACAGAGGAUGCUCGUCCUGCGGACGUCAAGGAAGAGCCCUACGAAGAGAAAGUUGCCUGCACUCCACCAAUCCAAGAUAACCAAUCGUUUUACGGUACUCCGGAUGCUAGCAAUCCCGGCGGAAUUGGAAGCGGUAGGAUCAUUCCAACCCGCGACUCAUCUCUGCGACAUCGGCAUAGCCAGUCAUCAGGCUCGAAAAAGCCCCGGUCUGCUCGCCAUAGUCGAUACUCUUCCACAGCCAGCAAAGAAUUCAACACAGACAAUGGUACACCGGGAACGAGCAAUGACGCAGAACAGGUGACCCGCCGGAUCCAAGAGUUGAAAGACCAGCAACAGAAGAUCAAGAGCGAGUUAGAAGCGGAAAAGAGCCCCGAACACUCGACAAAGACGAGCCCCGCGAAGCAGUCAAGGGCUUCAAAGGCGUCCCGCGUCCUAGGAUAUGAUGUUGACGAGGCCACCAUGCAGAAUGGACCAGGCCGCAAUCAGCCAUCUUUCAACGACAGUGCUCCUUCGCCAAACGUGAUGACAGGGAAAAAUCGCACUGGGAGCCGACCAGGAGCACCACUCGCAUCGAAAUCUACCCAUCUUCCACCGCAGUUGCCCAAGUCAUCUGUAGAAUACUCGGAUACCGAGAGAGCUAGAUACAAACAGUCGCUCGAGCCAAUUGCACCCACCGCCCAUCGCCGGACUCCAUCCGGUCAUCUAUCCCAUCUGUCAAAUGGGCGUCCCUCGUACAGCACCGAACGGCCAUCCAGUGCGGAUUCAAUCGAUCUUGCUGUUGACGACUACAUCUUUUCGCCAAAGCUGACCCAAAGAGUAAUUCACCCAACCACCGGCCGCUCCAUCGCCUUCUCUGAAGUUGGUGAUCCAAAGGGCCAUGUCGUGCUAUGCUGUGUCGGCAUGGGUCUUACUCGGUAUCUGAUGGCAUUUUAUGAUGAGUUGGCUCGGACGCUCAAUCUGCGACUGGUCACAUUGGAUCGUCCUGGCGUUGGUGAGAGCGGUCCACACCAGGGGGAUGAGCCAAGCACCCCUCUCAGCUGGCCCGAUGAUGUUGCAAUUGUGUGCAACCACCUCCGAGUGACUAAAUUUUCGAUCCUUGCCCAUUCUGCUGGCGCAAUUUACGCUCUUGCAACGGCUCUCCGAAUUCCGCAGCAUAUUCGUGGCCGCAUUCAUCUCUUAGCCCCAUGGAUUCCUCCAUCUCAGUUAUCUACCAUCGGCUCUCAGAAGGAUCCCGCGCCCACCAACGCGGUCCCCUACUCUCAAAAGAUCCUUCGUGCUCUUCCCACAUCCCUUCUCAAAGUGGCCAAUUCAAGCUUUAUGAGUGCCACUAGUGCCAGCAUCACCACUAGUCUACCCAAGUCCCCGCGACGUACCAAGCGCAAGGCCGCUGCCAAGGAUGCCUCCAAUGCGAAUACCGACCCCCUGUACCACUUAUACCUGCCGUUCAAAACAAUCCGCAAACCCAGCGAAAAGAGUGACACGACUCUCGGGUCUGUCACAAAGCCUCCAGAAGACGAGGUUGAACGGCAGCGUGACUAUGAUACCCGUCUCACCUACAAGAUCUGGGAGCUGGCCACCACCAAUGCUAAUCCGGCGGUUGACUUGCUGGUUUGCCUUGAGCGUCGCCAAACAAUCGGAUUCCGCUACGUGGACAUCACGCGAUCCGUGGUGAUGCACCAUGGUAGCAAAGAUCCCCGCGUUCCCGUAGAGAAUGUCCAAUGGCUUGGCAAGACGAUGCGCCGCUGUGAGGUCCGGAUCCUCGAAGGUGAAGGCCACGGCCUGAUGGCAUCUGCUGGUGUCAUGGGCAGUGUCUUGACCGAGAUUGCCAAGGAGUGGGAGGACUGGACAAUCCUUGUCCAAGGCAAACGCCGAGCCACUGCCAGUCAUGCUGCACGGCCUGGACUCUCGAUUCAUACUUGA